AUGUGUGAUAUUUGUGGAGACGUUCUAGAAAUUAUUGAUUCUCGGGAUUUAAGGGUAAAUGAUAAAAAUGGCGUCCGGCUUUCAAAGAAAGAAAUCAUGUCUGUCAUAUUAUAUUCUCAACUUUGGCAACAACAGAGGCAAUGCAUGUGCUGCUACGCCGACAUAAAAAACUUCGGCCGUUUCAACAACGUAAUACAGUUGAUAAUAGCCCAGUCUAUCCGCCUGGUUGAAACAUUAGUCCAUGACAGCAAGAAUCAGCCACAAGAUGAAGAUGAGGUCGAUGUUACCAGUCUCGAUCCGGGUUCCAAAAUGUCCACCAGCAUUUCCAAUGAAGACAAUGAGAAAUCGGAAUAUGAUGAAUCCUCUAAAAAUUGGUCACUCGAAGAGAAAGAUCGCCUGUUUCAGUUUGUUAACAGACUCUUCUUGCUGAACUUCCCCCUGUACCUUGCAUUCAAACAUCGCAUCCCAACGACAUUCGAGGAGCUAGCCAAGCAGGACGCUAGUGUAUUGAAUGACUAUUGUGAACUUAAUGAUUCAGAGGUGCCACUACUUCUGCUACGAAAUGUUUGCUACUUCUGUGAUAGUAAUGGCUUCCAGGCCAUGGCCCGCUGCUUCAGAGAGGCCGAUCCUCAGUCAUUGCAACCUGCUAUCGCCAAUUCGUUGGCUGCCAUCUGUGCCAAUCUUCGAAUGUGGUUGAACCCGAAAGCAUUUGCUCGUUUCAUAGUUCCUAUCCGCUCGUACAUGAUCAACUACCUCUGUCAGUUUAGUGAGAAAGAUCUCCGAACAGCAGUCGUCAGGAACAUGUCUGAGCUGAUCUGGCAGGUUCUCAAGGAGACGGCCAGAGGUGAUGCGCUUGUUAGCACGGCCCCCGCUGAAGUCAGCACGUUGUCCUUUUUUAACUUUGAUCGCGAAGGACUCGAUCUGGCUGUCAAAUAUUUUGUUUGUUCAACUCUGACACUCAGGCUCUCUGGAUUGAACCAGAUUAAUAGUCAGGUGAGUGUACUGAGUGAACUUAUACAAAACGAGUCGAUACUGGCUAAUGAUUCAGUUGUCAAUCAACUGGCCGAUUGGCUAAUCGAAAAUAAAAUCAUUGAGGAAAUAUUUGGUCCCAAUCUACACGUAGAGAUUAUAAAGCAGAGUCAAGUGAUCCUAAACUUUCUCGCUAUGGAGUGCAGACUGACCAAUCAACACAUUGAUGCUAUCUGGGCUGCCACCCAAUUGAAGCAUUGUGGCAAGCAAGUUUUGGAUGUUCUGUUGACCAUAGUGAAGAAUUUUGACCUGCUAACUGCCCACUACCUUCACUCACUCAUGAAAGAGUUGGACAUAUCCAUGCACAAUGAACAGACGCUGCUACUGGCUUCUUCCCUAACGAAGUUAGUGUGGCUGGGGGCUCUUGCAAGCUCAGCGACAACCACCGCAGUGGCAACAACCUCAUCCAUGAUAACUCAUCAUCCGACCUUGGCCUUCGUUCCUCGGGGUCAUGGGUCACAGUCACAAUUUUUUGCAGCUGUUACUGCUCAGGAUAUUCCGGAUGAGAUGGAAUUAGUUGCAGGGGAGAUAUUGAAACACGCCUCCAAACUGAACUUGAAUGGUAGGAGGCGCAACAACAGCAGCAGGUCGCAGAGCGAGGAGGAAGAGGAGGAAGAUGAGGUCAUAGGUCACGUGGAUGCCGAAGACGAUGACGAAGAUGACUUAGAGAUGGGCGAGAUAAAAAGUCAGCAACUUCAUCUUCAUCAGCAGCAGCAACUUCAGCCACAACGUCACGUCGGUGGCAACAGCAGCAACACUAACAUCAGUAACAUUCACAUAAAUCAAGCUUUGGCACUGCAGCACAAACACGAUCAACAACAUCAGCGCCAUCACCACGGUCAGCUCAUUGGUCACUUUAGCCAUCAUCGUCAUCAUUCACUUGUGUCAACCUCUCUGGCCAAACAACAUUGGAUCAAUAAGAAAGGAAAGAGAAACUUGAAACAUGGUGUUCAAUCAGAAGAUAGAAUCAUGUUCUCCAAGCAUGUUGCCAACCAAGAUGACGACGACGAAGAGGACGAAGAUGAUGAUGAUGACGACGACGAAGAAGAUGAUGAAGACGACGACGACGACGAUGAUCCUGAAAACUCUGAAAGCAGUAACAAUGCAGAAGAUGAUGAGGAAGACGAUGACGAUGAUGAAGAGGAUGAUGACGACAACGAUAUGACUGUCUCCAAGAAAAAAUCACAACGCCCCGCUGGUAAAGGUUUGACAGAAAAAAUGCUGCACGUAUCAAGGAAGCAUCUUCUUCAGCAGCAGCAGCAGAGAAAGAAAAAGAUGGAUUCAAGGUAA